UAACUUUUGCUAAUGUCAUUGAAGCAGUGACAACUGACAACUUCAGUUUCUAUUGUGAUGCCAGCGCAAGCAAUCGUGCGCAUGCAAUUAUGUUGAAGUUGCUUGUUUAUCUGUGUUUAUUUGGAUUGAGCCUAAACGCCGUGUCUGUUCUCAGUGCGGAGGACUACGAUUACGGCGAUUAUUAUGGUGAUGAAAGCAAAGAGAUUCCUUUUGUUGACCAAGAACCAGAAAAACCUACCAUACAUAAAGUCAAACCCUUAAAUGAGGAUGAAGGCAUUUUUAAUGACGUAAAACUCUUUAAAAAUAACAAUGAAUUUGAUAAUGAGGGACAAUAUGAUAGCAUUGGAGAUUAUCAAAUUGAAGAUAAUAGAUCCGAAGAAGAUAUGAAAGAUGUAGAUAAAAAUAUGAAAUUACCGUCUAAAUAUUCAGAAAGAAUUAAUGAUUUAGCCGAACUACUAAAUAAAGACCAAAUUAAAUCAACAAACGAAAAAGAUCAAUUGUAUAACGAUGGAUUUGAAGAUGUUAUAAAAAAUUAUCUGGAUAAUACUAAACAAGAAACAUCAAAUAAAGAUAUUUUAGAAGAAACUAAAUCUAUUUUAAAGGAAGAUGGUGAUAAUACUAUUGCAGAUAUUCAAUUAAAGAAUCCAAAAGAUAAUAUAGAAAACAUAGUUGCGGAAACAACCAAGUUGUUAGAAGAAACUGAUAAUAAUUUUGAUGAAAAUAUAAAGCCAACAAAACAAGAUUCAGAGACAACAAAAACAUUACCAAAUACAACAAACAAAUCUUUUGAUGAUUUAAAAAAUGAUUUAUCUGAGUUGGAUGCCAUUCGAAGUAAUCUAAGAGAAGAUUUUGAUACAGAGUUGAAUGCAGACACUAACUUGGGAAAUGAUUUAAGUGAAGAAAAAGCCGAUGACCAGGACUAUCAGGAAAUAGGUGAUGACGAUUUAGACAGAAUAUUUUCUGAAGAAACAGAGGAAAAGUUAUAUGACGAUGAACCAUCAAGAGAUGAUUUUCCAGAACAAGAUAAACAAAUUUAUUACUCAAAUGAUGCUUUAUCUGCCCUUGAUUCUACACCACCUGAAACUACAACCUCAGAAGUUACUGAAAGAGAAAUAACUGACUCGAGCAAUGUAGAUUCUUCUUUAUCCACUCAGCUUAAUGCAGCAACAAUUUCAUAUGCUGAAACAGAACUAAUAACUACUCAAUCAGUUAACCCUACUAAAGUCCCCAAUUUUAAAGAAAAUAAAUCUGAAAUUCCAGAAUUUAAUGAACUAGAUUCCGAUGACCAAAGUAAAUUUAAUGAAAAGUAUCAAGCUGAACGCGCAGCUCAUUCGGAAGCCACGAACACGGUUCAAAUACAUUUAACUGUCAAUGAUAAUACAAUAGUGUCUUCUCCGAAUUACCCAAACCUCUACCCAACCAACCAAAUCACUGAUUACGUGAUCACAGGAGAAGGACAAGGGAUAGAAAUGAACAUAACUGAUUUUUCUGUUAACAGCUUUGUAGGAGACUAUGUACUUAUUAUACCAGGUGAAACUGAAGAAAAAGGUUCCGACGGCAUCCUGAUUAGUUACUCGUUACGAAAGGAACGUCGUUUCCAGUUCACUGACGUAGACAGGAUGUUUAUACGUUUCGAAGCAAAAGCCGGGAUGCAGUUUCAACGGGGUUUCAAUAUAAGUCUCCGGAAUAUUAUGUCUCGACCAGACAUAGUAAAACUUCCGGACCCUGAAGAAGACAAAAUCUACUUCACAUCUAACGCGACUAUCACUGUGAAUCUUGGAGGAGUCAGCAUGAACGGUUUUAUCUCAAAAGAAGAGGACUUUAGAAGAAUUAUUGCCGAUAUGGCUACACUAUACAUCAACACUAAAGGAAUCGACUCUGGACUUAACACGACAUUGGAAGUAACACGGAUCCUUAGCCGAGGUCUCUGCUUUCACAAUUGGCCAGGCUCCGAUCUCUGUACUGAAAUCGUGUUUUCUGUUCCCUUGGUGUACGACAAUGAAACUCUGGAGACCAGGUUCACUAAGCAGGAUCUCAGAGAGAUGUGGGACAGUUAUUCGGGAAUAGAUCCCUUCGCUGUGCGCUUAGAGAGGAUGGGUAUUCGGGAAUUUACAUAUCCAGAUGAUCAAACCACACUGACUGUUUGGCUGGUGAUCGCCGCUGGAGUCAUCAUUUCGAUGGCCAUGCUUGCUUUUGCACUGUGGAGGUUUAGCUGCUUUGAAGAGUACACCAAGAUGCCUUCCUUCAGUGACACGGACAGCCUACGAGACGAGAAACGAGUGCUGGACCUCUACCCAACUCCUCAUCAGACCCUGCCCCCUCUCUACUCGGAUGACAAUAUCAAGUGGGCCGAUGAUGUGUACAGCAAUAAAGAUGUCGGCUUCUCAAACAAGAGCUACAUGCAGGAUAUCUAUGACAUGGACUCUGACGACGAGGCACUCCGCGCACCCGAUAGGAGGUACACAACAGACGUGUAGCCGAGGUGUUACGAAAUCAAUCUGGUGCCAUCAGUCCCCGUGAUAUUUACAAUGUGUGAAAUUUUACCAAAUUAUUAUAGUUACUAUU